CAAAUUGGCUAGUGUACCUUUUUUCUAUGCACAUGCGCAACUAUAUUAAAUAGAGGCAACCGUAGCUCCACCUCCCUCUCCCCUUGAGUUAAAAAAAAUUGUAUGUAUAAUCCCUGAGUUGACCCAGAAAAUAAGCAGUAUGUGCAUCGGCCCUGCUUGAGCAUGAAGCGUAACCCUGUGGAAUACAUACUGUAAUCUGAAGACACCUCGCUUUGCAAAACUAAAAUAAAAACGUAGCAGUAGCAAAGUCGCUGAACUUUAAUCCGAGUAGAUACGGGAGCCAUGGCGGAUCAUCUAAUAAUGCCCAUGAACCACAGCUCUGCAGGUGGGGGCCUCCACGGCUACAGACUAGGCAUGAACGGAGGCCUGCAGGCAGGCCACCAGCAGCAUGUAGUGCCUCAGCCCGGCCUCCGAGCCCUGCCCAAUGGCCAGAUGAUGCACUACGGUGGGGGACCUCAGCAGCAGGCCACCAUGGAGGUGGCCAUGAGGCAGCGGCAAGGCAUGGUGGGGCCCGUGAACAGACAGCCCAACGGGGCUCAGAUGGGCCACCACCAGAUAACGUCUGGUAACAUGAUGUACAACAACGGGCAGGCCCAGCAGCAACACCACACCCAGCACCAUCACAUGAGCCAGCAACAGCAGGCCCAGCAGCACCCACAGCAACAACAGCAGUAUAUGAAUGGUGGUCUCACGUCCCAGCAGCUCAUGGCCAGCAUGCAUCUGCAAAAACUCAACACCCAGUAUCACGGACAUCCACUGGGGCCCAUGAACGGCAACCACUUGGGCAACGGGGCAGCCCAGUACCGCAUUUGCCCGGCCCAGCUGGCUAACAUGCAGCAGAUGGCCGGGCCGGCUCUGGCCUUGAAUGGCAUGGAUGCGGACAUGAUUGACGAGGAGGUUUUGACAUCCCUGGUUGUGGAGCUGGGCCUGGACCGCAUUCAGGAGCUGCCCGAACUCUUCCUGGGCCAGAACGAGUUUGACUUCAUCUCAGACUUUGUGAGCAAACAGCUGCCCAGCACCAUCAGCUGCUGAGUGAGAGAGGACCUGAGUCAACGAUGCUGUGAAGGGGUCUGGAAGGGUGGAAAGACUUGAGUAGAGUGUUGCCCACUGGAAACAACUACUGCUCCGCUUUUCGUUUUUGUGUUGUUCCUUUCACUCUCAGUGCUAGAUCGCAGAGAAGAGUGAGCGAGAGACACUGGUAUGGAUAGCCACAGUGCUAUGGUGUCAUUUGUGAAGUGACCAGAGGUGUGGUUCUGUGUUGGGUCGCAGCUCGCCUGUAAUGGGACAUCGUCCUCCAGCAUCUCAUCUCUCCAGAGAUGAAUGUAAACAAAACUGCAGAAUUUGUUCAGAGUGGCUUCUCAAUGUUAAGACACUGUUGCCUCCUACACUGGACUCAAUGGCAGUUUAGUAGUAAGAUGUAUUUAUUUAUUACUCUCAGAGAAAUUAAAAUAGAACAAACCAGAGACCGACAGAUCGUCCAGAGAGAGAAUCAAGUUCUUUUGGUGUUUUGGGUAAGGUCAGGGGAAGCUCGUAGUUUGUAUUUUUUUAAAUAUUUUUUAAAUUUUUAGUUAAUUGGUCUGGGCCUUCUGUUUUGAAUAUAAGCCCCUCAAAUUAUUUUUUGAUUUUCCAAGAGCUUGGAUUUCUCUCCAAGAAUGGAGACGGCAGUACAAGUAGAAUGCCAUUUCAUGGAUUUGAAUGGAAGUCUAUCAUCAUUGAAUAACUCACUUUUGGCAAGGAUUGCUUUUAGCUGUGAUGUUCUCAAACCUACUCCUUGUACUGUAUAAAGCUGUGUUAAUACAGGAAAGUCUAUGUAAGAUAUAGAACUACAUUAAUUAUGCCAAUUUAUUAUUUUCUUUACUGGUGGUUUUUAUCUUCCCUUUGCGGUCAAGACGGGGUUUUGAGGAUCAAUAAAAAUGGCCCGGAUAUAAGUGUG